UGGAAACCAUAUACAAAGUGAGAAAGAAGUUUUUAGAUGACACUGGACUAAAAAGUGAGCAAUGGAUGACUUUUGCAUUACAACUUACCAGCAUCUUAACCUUUGAGGGUUCAUAUGACUGCAAUCCUUCCAGCUCCAUGCUCCCCAAAAUUAUUUAUUUGACACCAAUUAACUUUUGUUUCAUGGGAAAUGAGUUUGAAUUUCUUAGAACUUAGAACACCAGAAGGGGAUGGAUGCUACACGAUAUUUCAUGGCGUGAAGUUAAUUUAUGAUUGUGAACAGUAUAAAUCAAGAACAGUAGGCGUUUAUCGAAAACAAGUCGACACAAAUGCAGCAGUUCCUUGACAAUGGUGUUGGGUUCUGCAAAAUUUUAUGGCGUUCCAGUAAUGGCGGUAUUUGUGCAUUACAGCCAAGUGGCGUGACAAGUCCCGUCUCUAAUAACCUAGCUGCUGCUAUUGCGAUGGUUCCCGCUUCCUCCCCAUGACGGCCGUCUCAUUCACUCUCUCCCUCUAAUGUCUAAAACCCUUCUCUCUCUCAUCAGACCUCUUCACAACCCAAAACCCAAAUCUUCCUCAACACCCCCGGUCAAAGCUCACAUCAACAAACUCCUCUUUGACGUUUUCGAAAUCCUCAAGACCCACAACCAAUGGGAAGAAUCCCUUGAAACCCGUCUAUCCGAAGACGAUGUUAUCGUGUCAGACAUUGCCCAUCAUGUGUUCGAUCGAGUUCAUGAUGUCGAAUUAGGCCUAAAGUUCUUUGAUUGGGUCUGCCGACGACCGUAUGGGUGUUCUCUGGAUGCAUAUGCCUAUUCUGCGCUCUUGAAGCUCUUGGCACGGGCGAGAGUGUUUUCGGAGAUCGAAAAUGUGUUGGGUAGUAUGGAUUCUGAGGAAAUUUUGCCAACCAGCGAAGCAAUAGGGACUGUAAUUCGAGCAUUUUCAGAUUGUGGGUUGGUUGAUAAAGCUGUCGGAUUGUACUCAUUUGUGAUAAAUAGACUCAAUUGUGUCCCUGAUGCUUUUGCUUGUAAUUCCUUGCUUGAUGCACUUGUGAAGUGUGGGAAGAUUGAGUUUGCACGCCAGGUUUAUGCAGAAAUGAUUGAGAAAGGUCAUGAGGAGAAUACUAGUGCGGAUAAUUACAGUAUUUGUAUAAUUUUGAGGGGCUUGUGCAAGGAAGGGAGAGUUGAAGAGGGCAGGAAGUUGAUUGAGGAUAGGUGGGGAGAAGGUUGCAUACCCAAUGUCGUUUUCUAUAAUACACUUAUUGAUGGAUAUUGCAAGAAAGGUGACGCUCAAAAGGCUUAUGAGCUUUUCAGAGAGUUGAAACUGAAUGGGUUUUUGCCAACACUGGAAACUUACGGGGCUGUACUAAAUGGGUUUUGCAAGGAAGGGAAUUUUCAGGCAAUUGAUAAGCUUUUGAUGGAAAUGAAGGAGUGGGGAUUGACCAUUAAUGUGCAAGUUUAUAACAAUAUUAUUGAUGCUCAAUAUAAGCAUGGUUGCAAGGUUGAAGCAGUGGAGACAAUUAGAAAGAUGAUUGAAAGUGGUUGUGAGCCAGAUAUUGUUACAUAUAAUACUCUAAUUUCUGGGUCAUGCAGGAAUAGUAACGUUCAGGAAGCUGAUCAAAUUUUAGAGCAGGCAAUAAAGAGGGGACUGAUGCCGAAUAAAUUUAGUUAUACUCCUCUCAUUCAUUUUUAUUGCAAACUAGGGGAAGUUGUUAAGGCAUCAAAUUUGCUCAUUGAGAUGACAAAAAGAGGUCCUAAACCGGAUAUGAUUACUUAUGGAGCUCUAGUCCAUGGACUUGUUGUAGCAGGGGAGGUUGAUGUUGCAUUGACAGUUCAUGAUAAAUCGAUGGAAAGGGGAGUGUUGCCUGAUGCUACUAUGUAUAAUGUUCUGUUGAAUGGGCUUUGCAAGAAAGGGAGGCUUGCUGCUGCCAAGCUGCUGCUUGCUGAAAUGCUUGAUCAAAAUGUACAACCGGAUGCAUUUAUAUACACCACUUUAGUUGAUGGGUUAAUCAGAAAUGGUAAACUUGACGAAGCAAAAAUUCUUUUCGAGCUUACAGUUGAGAAGGGUACGCAUCUCAGCAUUGUUGGUUACAAUGCUAUGGUUAAGGGCUACUGCAAAUUUGGAAUGAUGAAGAAUGCUCUAUCAUGUGUUAGUGCAAUGAUAAAAUUGCACCUUGUUCCAGAUGAAUUCACUUAUUCCACAAUUAUUGAUGGGUAUAUUAAGCAGCAUGAUUUGGACAGUGCACUGAGAAUGUUCAAAGACAUGGUGAAACAGGAGUGCAAUCCAAAUGUGGUGACAUAUACCUCUUUGAUUAAUGGGUUCUGCCGCAAGGGAGAUUCAAAAAGUGCUGAGAAAAUUUUCAGGGAGAUGCAAUUGUAUAAUUUGGUGCCUAAUGUAGUUACAUACAGCAUACUUAUUGGUAGCUUUUGUAAGGAGGGUAAACUUGCUAAAGCAGCAUCCUUAUUUGAAGAAAUGUUGAUAAAUAAUUGCAUUCCUAACGAUGUAACCUUCCAUUAUUUGGUUAAUGGGUUCGCAAACAAUGCACCUAAUGCAAUUUCUAAUAAAGGAAAUGGAUCUCAAGAGCAUGAGAGGUGUAUCUUUCUUGAUUUUUUUGCAAGGAUGAUAUCAGAUGGAUGGGAACCUAGGUCUGCAGCUUAUAAUUCUAUCCUUAUUUGCCUUUGCAAUUAUCAUAUGUUCAAAACUGCUUUGCAGUUGAGUGACAAGAUGAUGAGUAAGGGCUUUUCUCUGGAUUCUGUUUCUUUUGCUGCCCUGCUUCAUGGUGUUUGCUUGGAAGGAAGAUCGGAGGAGUGGAAGGAUAUCAUAUCCUGCAAUUUGAAGGAGUGGGAGCUCCAAAUUGCUGUCCAGUAUUCAUUGGCAUUAGACCAAUACCUGCCUCGAGGAAUGACCUCAAAGGCUUCUCUGAUUUUGCAGACCUUGGUUGAAGAAAACAAGUUUCAACACUUAAAAGUUGACAAUUUCAAAGUCUCAGUGAGUUAAAGUUUUGGGGAAACUGAAAUACGUCUUUGGCAGGUCUGAGCAACCAUGGGCAGGCACAUUCUCUAUGAAACCCAUUGUUGGAAACUAGUAUUGUAUUGUGUAUUUGGGAUUCUGAGAAUGCUUGCUAUUGACUUGGUCCAUGGAGCUCUACCUUCUUCUAGUGAUCUGUGAAAGCAAAUCUAUGAUGCAGGUUGGCCUUUGAGGAUCUAUACCAGUUGCCAUGAGAUGAGCAGGCAGUUUGAAGUUGUUCAAAUACACAUGAAUCAAUCUGUUACAGUAGCAGUAACGCAUCAUUAAAUUGAACUUAUAAAUGAUUAGCAAGGGUGGAAGCAUGCAAUGGAUGCCUUGAACACUCAAGGAAUGCUAGACUUCGCGGAUCUUCCUCCUAGUAAGGAGUUGGUUAGGUGUCGUUGGGUCUAUGCCUUCAAAUAUCUUCUUAAUGACUCGUUGAAGGGCUUAAGACUUGAUUGAUCUGCCAAGGGGUACACUUAAAGUCUCAAACAUAAGGGCAUGAAACAGCUUCGGAAGCAUUUUUGAAUGUGGGAGGUGAGCAGAGUGGAAGAACAAGGGCUCUUUGAACAGAAACCUACCACUUUUAUAUCAGUGGUUGUAUCUUUGCACAGCUUACUAUUCUUGCUCGAGUAGAUCAAUCUAUAAGGCCUCCUUCAGGCAGCACCAUGGCCCCACAACCCUUCAGUCACUGCAACAAAUAGAUUGCCAGGUAUGGUGGGUUCAACUACAGAAGCUUAAGCUGAAGGUUUGCAACAUACUCGUGUUUGCAAGGGCUUAUAUGAUGUUGUAAUGCCACUUUUGCAUAAAAAAGCUGCUGUUUUUGUGAUGCUUCUGUAGUGUAGUGUUGCCAAAUUCGUAGGUGAUACCUAGGUUUGGAAAUUUAUGUAUUUUUUUUUUCCUUUUCCUUCAUUAGGCAUGUUUUUGUGAUGCUUCUCUGGUGAUCUUGGUGCCAAAUUCAUUGCUGAUAUCAAUGUUUCGAAAUUCCAU